AUGCGGAUGGAGACAGACAGUCACGCAUGGAGACAGUCACGCACACACAUACAGUCACGCACACACACACUCACGCACACACACUCACGCACGCGCUCGGGGCAGGGAUGGGGACAGGGAGGGGGCGGGCGCAGACAGUUCAGUAACAGCGACGGGGGAGGGGAGGAAAGGAAGGAGGAGGCCUGCCUCACCCCCCCAUCCCCGCCCCCGCCCGGGGCGGGUCCCUCACAGCGGCGAGACAGGCAAGGGCCUCCCCACGCGUGCCGAGCUUGCCCCGCCCCACCGACUCUGCCCCCCAGCUCACGCACCUGGAGUCGGGACAGCGAGGAUCUGAGGAAGAGGAGAGCGACAAGCCCCAGAGGAGCAGCGGCGGCAGCAGAAGCAGAGGCGGCGGCGGCGGCGGCAAAGAGGCUCAGUGCGCAGCCGCAACUCCGCGGGAGAGCAACCCGGACGAGGUUCCGGGCAGAAACUAGCUCUGGCGUCUCAGUACGGCUUCCAUCGGGGUUCCGAGAUCACUGGCGGUGCCUAGUAAAGGUCAUUGGCCCUAGCCUCCGCCCCACACCCCCGACCAACACGCCGAUGGGACAGGCAGCUGUCCCCAUUCUUAUUCUGCACGCUGUAAAAGUGGUAUGGAAAGAGAAAGAGGCAUCAUCCCCAUUUUACAGGUAAAGCUUUGGACUGAGGAACGGAGACAAGUGACCCACCCAAGUUUCCAGAGCAAGGGCUGGGCAUGUAGGCCCCUGGAUUCUAGAACUUUCUCUUAAUUUGUCUUCUCUCAUCUUGUGGCCUAGACACAAAUUAAUCUAUUUAAAAUUAGGUCAUUCAGCCAGCCAGUCAAUAAGCAUUUACUAUGUGCCAAGCACUGUGCUAAGCCCUGGGGAUACAAAGAAAGACAAAAGACAGCCCCUGUCCUCAAGAAGCUUUUAGUCUAAUGGAGGAGAUAACAUGCAAACAAAUAUGUACAGAAAAGCUGAAUACAUGAUACAUAGGAAGUAAUCAACCAGGGGAGAACACUACCAUUAAGAGAGACUGGGAAAGGCUUCUUGCAGAAAGUUGAUUUUUAGCUGGCACUUGAAGGAAGCCAGGAGGUGGAGAUGAGGAGGAAGAACAUUCCAGGCACUGGGAACAGGCAGUGAAAAUGCCUGAAGUUGGAGUGUCUUUAGAGGAACAUCCCUGAGGUCAGGGUCAGUGGAUGGAAAAGUAUUGUGGAAGGAAGGUGUAAGAAACCUGGAAAGGUUGGGGGGAGGGGGCAGGGUAUGAAGGCCUUUGAAUGCUAAACAGAUCCUUGAGGUAAUUGGCAGCCACUAUCAUUUAUUGAGUCCGGGUGGUGGUGGUGACAUAGCUGAACCUAUGUUUUAGAAAGAUGAGUGGAAGAAUGGAUUGGAGAAACUUGUGGCAUGAAAACCCAUCAAAAAGCUAUUCUAGUAGUCUAAGUGUGAAGUGAUUAGGGCCUUCCAGGAUGGUUAGCAGUAUCAUAGGAGAGAAGGGGGCAGAUGGAUGAAAUGUUAUGAAGGUAAAAUCAGCAGGCCUUGACAACAGUUUGGAAGUGUGGGAAGAGAGGGAGUGAGGUGUUCAGCAUGACACCUAGGUGACUGUCAGCUUGGGUGACUGGGAGGAUAGUAGUGUCUUUGACAGUAGCAGACAAGUUAGGAAGAGGGCAGGGUUUGGGAUAAUGAGGUUAGUUUGAACACAUGGUAAGUUUAAGAUGUUUAUGGGACAUCCAGUUUGAGAUGUCCCAUAGUCAGAGAUGCAAGUCUGGAGGUUAGGAGAGAGGUUAUAGAAACACACCGAAGUAGGCCAGCUUUGAAAAUGGCAUUGAAAAUAUACUUUUUAAGAAGCAAGCCGUAGAUAAAAGAGUUUCAUGGUAUCACAGAAUACUCUUCAGUUCCACUUGUAUAUGGAAAUAUUCUUUUUUUUAAAUGUUCAUUAAGUUUAGAAGAAAAAAGGAAUGAAAUGUGCUUUGGAACCAAAAAUGUUACAAAAUGGUUAUUGCCCAAACUUCUUUGAACUGGGCAAAAAAAUAAAGAACUAGAUCAAUGAAACAGAAUGAAUUCUCCAGACAUCCAACCAAAUACAUAAAAAAGAUUUGUGUUUGACAACUUUUUAGUAAAUAUGAUUUGGGGGAAAUUAUUUAAUGAAUGUACUUGGGAAACUGACUUCCAAUUUGGCAGAAAAGGAAUUUGGAAUUAUGUCUUAUGCCAUAUACACCAGUGAGUUCCAGCUGAAUGAAAAGAUUAAACUGGAACAAAAGAACUCUAGAAAAAAGAUGGAAGAAAAUAGGACUAUUUCUCUGAGUGAUGGAAAGAAGACUUUUUGUUCAACAAAUAGAAAGAAUUCUUGAAGCUUGAGAAUAAAAUAGGUAUGCUUGACUUAAAAUUUAAAAAAAGUCUGUGGAGCAGAAAAUAUAAUUAAAAGAAAAAUAACAGAUUGGGGAAAAUAUUUGUGACAGGCAUGAGAGAUAAAAAUCUGGCAUCUAAAAAAAUGGAACUGUUAAAAAAAAAAGUGAUAACUCUAGUCCAUGAUAGAUAAAUGGUCAAAAACUAUGAACAGUCUA